UCACACCAGCGUCUAUCGUGCCGAACAUCCACCGACAAUAUGGAAAUACACGUGCAGCGUGACCUGAACCCUAGGCCUCAAUCUCCCACUCAGCCGAACUCUAUCCGCAGUCCCCAUAUCUUUACCCCCAUCUUCCCUUCCCAUUCACCCCGUCCACCACUCACCACUCUACCCAUCUUCUAUCCUCAUCAUUUCGCUCCAUCGCAACAUCAUGCCCUGUAGCUCAGAAAGCCGAUAUAUCAGACUUGAAGUCAUCAGCGGAAAGAAUCUUAAAGUCCCGUCCGGGCGCAUUCCCGCUGGCAUUUACGUGUCCAUCAAUGUCGACUCGAAGAGACGCUGGAAAUCGGCCAUCAGUGUGUUAUCAUCUGAUGAAUCUGUAGCGUGGGGGGAUACUCUAACUCUAUCAUCAAAUGCCUCGCCUGCAUUGCCAAUAGAGAUCAGGGCGUCCUAUGAGCUUGGUCGAAUGCUAGGCGGUGGAGAGGUCAUCGGGAAACUUCAAAUGUCGUGGGAUGAGCUACUCGAUCAUGAAGAUCACCCAUUUGAUCUAUCGUUCCGAGCCGUGCGCGGUGUCAAACCUUCCAUCACACUGAAGGUUGCUGUUUCCCUCGUAGACUGCGAAAUUGCUCCAGAUACAGAUGCUGGCCACGUACGAGUUGCCAGAUACGUGAGACGCGAGAGCGUCUCUUACUUGAACGAUGCUAUAGAGCAUUUUCAGUUGGUUCUGAACCAGUGUCCGGUCAGCCAUCCAGACCGCGCAACGGCUCUCACCAACCUCGCGUGGGCCCGCCUUCAAGGCUACAUCCGAAAUGAUGUUCAAGACAUUGAUACUACCACUUCCAUUUUCCGCGACGCGCUUGCAUUGCAUCCGCAGCACCAUCCCGAUCAUCCCUUAUCCCUAUAUAAUCUCGCCGAAGCGCUCAGUUGGCGCCACUCCAAGAAAAGUACUGCUGCAGACAUAUGCAAAGCGGCCCAACUCUAUCAUGAGCUACUGCCUCUCUGUCCAGAGGGCACGUACCUUCGUGGCAUCGCGGCAGGGGAAAAUGGUCUUGAUUAUGUGAUUGGGGGAUGCAACAAUCUUCCAACAGACGCGUCCGAUGAAGGCAUCCACCUUCGAAGAGUCAUCCUCGAGCUCUGUCCUCUGGGUCAUCGACUUCGUCCCAGAACCCUCCACGAGCUUGCGGGAGCAGUCAAAGCACACUUUGAUCAGCACGGCAGCAUCGAUGAUCUUGACACGAGCAUACAGCUGGGUCGUGAAGCCAUGUCUCUGUGUCCUGAGGGGCAUGCUGCCCGUGAUGCCUACCUGAACAACUUGGCCUUUUCACUCGUGUCCCGCUUUGAGCAUCAAGGCAAUCCUAAUGACCUCGAUGAGGCCAUCUCUUUGUACGAAGAAGCACUGCACCUGUGCCCUGUUGGACACGAAUCUCGUGAUUCCUCAUUGGACAACCUAGGGCUCGCCCUCAUCAACCGUUUCAACGAACGCAGCAACAUCGGAGACAUGACCCGAGCUAUCAGCCUCCAUCGCGAGGCCCUGAUGUUGUGCACACCUGGGCAUCCACAUCGUGACACCACGCUUCACAACCUUGCCCUCGCGCUCAAAAAAAGAUAUGACAAAUCGCAAGUCAGCGAGGAUCUUAACGAGGCCAUUGAUUUGUAUUGCGAAUCCCUUCGGUUACAGCGGCUUGAUGUUCCAGACCGCUAUUUAACUCUUUACAGUUUGGGCUCGGUGCUCUGCUCUCGUUUCACGGAAACUCAGAAGAAUGAAGAUAUUGAGGAGGCCAUUGCUCUUUGCCAAGAAUCACUGGCGGCUCUGUCUUCACUGCACCCGAACAGGCACUUCAGCUACAUGCGGCUGCAGGAGGCCUAUUUGUCCCGUUACCGGAUUCUACACGACCCUGCUGAUUUGUCUCUUGCAGUGGAGAAUUCCAGACUCGCAUCAAGACAUUCUACUCAAGGGUUCCCACAACGCAUCGUUCGCGCAUUCAAUUGGACAGUUGAGGCUGAGCAGCAUGGUCAUGGAUCUGCGCUGGAAGCCUACUCGACAUUUUUUGAGCUUCUGGAUGCUCAUUUGGCAACACGGUUUUCGGCAACUUCACGACGCGAAGCUGCUGCUGCCUUUCAUGUCGCCAGAACGCUCCCAGCAGAUGCAGCAUCAUGUGCCAUCUGCUGUGACAAUCUACCACAUGCAGUUGAACUUGUGGAGCAGGGCCGUGGCCAGCAAUGGUCGCUAGCUUCCCGACUCAGGACUCCAGUUGAAGACCUUGAGUCAGCAAAUCCGGCACUGGCGCACAAUUAUUUGGAGCUGAGCAAACUCGUUUCCAGUGCGGCCCAGAGUUCUGCAACAAUCACCGACAGCGCUGCUGCAGAACGGGCCGCAAUAGAGUAUAGGAGACUUACAAGGCAAUGGGAAGCUGCGGUAGCUGAGAUACGUGAUCUUCGGGGGUUCUCGCGGUUCCUGCUCCCACCUCUGUAUGCAGACCUGCAAGCGGCAGCGCGCCAGGGCCCGGUCAUCAUCCUCAUUGCGAGUCAAUAUUCAUGCAGCGCCAUCAUCGUCCCAACUUCAGGAGACCCCCAUCAUGUUCCCUUACCGUCUGUCACUCUCGCAGAUCUGAGCAACCUCAAGGACCGCGUCGCCAGGGCAAUACGACACGCAUCUACCCUGGGUCCAAAAGUGCCGCGAAACGAUCUAAUAGUCCUCUUGCGGACAGUAUGGGACGAGAUCAUGCUACCCAUCGUCAACGUCCUCCGGCAUGAUCUGAAACUCAAAUACUGUCGAAUCUGGCUGUGUCCAACUGCAGCCUUCACAUCUAUUCCUCUCCACGCAGCUCACCCGUUUCGAACGAACCCAGAUGGCUCUAGGGAGCAAUGCCUGGAGGAUCUCUAUAUCUGCUCUUACACGCCAACACUUUCGGCUCUGGUCAGAUCCAGACAGACGAUGAAGAAGCGCGUCACUCCAUCCUUCGUGACGAUCGGACAGGGUCAACCGGGUGCAGGAAAAGGCAAGGCGCUCUUGGCUGUCGACAGCGAGCUCGAGCUUGUCCAUAAGCUCGUCCCUGUAACGGCCAGACACACUAGUGUCUCUGGCGACGCAGCCACACGAGCAGGUGCACUCGAAGCUUUGCAGCAGAACACCUGGGUGCACCUAGCUUGUCAUGGCAAGCAGGAUCCUGAGCAGCCUUACAAUUCGCAUUUCGUCAUGAGAGACGAAGAUCUGACGCUGCUCGAUAUCAUGGAGAGAGAUAUUCCACACGCCGAGUUCGCGUUCCUAUCAGCGUGUCAUACCGCCGUCGGGGAUGAGGAGACACCCGACGAAAUUAUUCACCUCGCAGCUGGUCUUCAGUUUUCGGGGUUCAAGAGCGUCAUUGGGACGCUGUGGCAGGUCGACGACUCUGUCGCAAAACACGUCGUCAAAGCCUUCUAUGAAAGUAUGUUCAAAGAUUUGAAGGACGGAGGUGCGAUGGACUGUACGAAGGCGGCCUGGGCACUGAACCGUGCUACGCACGCUGUGAAGACGCAAGUCCCGCUGGAGCAGAGGAUGGUUUUUGUUCAUAUUGUCAUCGGCGGAAAGAAUCUUCAUGUCCCCUCUUGGCGCAUUCCCGCUGGCAUUUACGUAUUCAUCAAUGUCGACUCGAGGAGACGCUGGAAAUCGGCCAUCAAUGUCCUAUCAUCUGAUAAAUCUGUGGCGUGGGGGAAUACCGUAACUCUACCAUCAAAUGCCUCGCCUGCAUUGUCAAUAGAGAUCAGGGCGUCCUAUGAGCUUGGUCGAAUGCUAGGCGGUGGAGAGGUCAUCGGUGAACUUCAAGUGUCGUGGGAUGAGUUACUCGAUCAUGGAGAUCACCCAUUUGAUCUGUCUUUCCCAGCCGUGCGUGAUGUCCAACCUUCCAUCACACUGAAGGUUGCUGUUGUACAUGCUUGCGACGAUCAAAAGGGGGCACUGUUUGAUUCCCUCGUAGACUGCGAGAUUGCUCGAGACGCAGAUGCGGGCCACGCACAAUUUGCCUCAUACAGGGAAAACGAGAAUGUGAAUGUCUCUCACUUGAACGAUGCUAUGGAGCAUUUUCAGUUGGUUCUGAACCAGUGUCCGGUCGGCCAUCCAGACCGCGCAGCGGCUCUCACCAACCUUGCAUGGGUUCGCCUUAAAGGCUACAUCCGAAAUCAUAUUCAAGACAUUGAUACUACCACUUCCCUGUUCCGCGACGCCCUUGCAUUGCGUCCGCAGCACCAUCCCGAUCAUCCCUUAUCCCUAUAUAAUCUCACAGAAGCGCUCGGUUGGCGCCACUCCAAGAAAAGUACUGCUGCAGACAUAUGCGAAGCCGCCCAACUCUAUUAUGAGCUACUGCCCCUCUGUCCAGAGGGCACGUACCUUCGUAGCAUCGCCGCAGGGGAAAAUGGUCUUGAUUAUGUGAUCGGCGGAUGCAACAGUCUUCCAACAGACGCAUCCGAUGAAGGCAUCCAACUUCGAAGAGUCGUCCUCGAGCUCUGUCCUAGGAGCCAUCGACUUCGUCCCAGAACCCUCGACGAGCUUGCACAAGCAGUUAAAGCACGGUUCGAUCAGCACGGCAGCAUCGAUGAUCUUGACACGAGCAUACAGCUCCGUCGUGAAGCCGUGUCUCUGUGUCCUGAGGGACAUGCUGACCGUGAUACCUACCUGAACAGCCUGGCCUUUUCACUUGUGCCCCGCUUUAAGCACCAAGGCAAUACUAAUGACCUCCAUGAGGCCAUCUAUUUGUAUGAAGAAGCGCUGCACUUGCGCCCUGUUGGGCACGAAUCUCGUGAUUGCUCACUGGGCAACCUAGGGGGUGCCCUCGUCGACCGUUUCAACGAACGCGGCGACAUUGAUGACAUGACCCGAGCCAUCAGCCUCUAUCGCGAGGCCUUGACGUUGUGCCUACCUGGGCAUUCAUAUCAUGACACCACCCUUAACAACUUUGCACUCGCGCUCCAAAACAGAUAUGACAAAUCGCAAGUUAGCGAGGAUCUCAACGAAGCUAUUGAUCAGUAUCGCGAUUGCCUUCGGUUAAAGCGGCUUGACAAUCCAGAGCGCCAUAAGACUCUUUUCAAUUUGAGCUCGGCGCUCUGCUCUCGUUUUACACAAACUCAGGAGACCGAAGAUGUUGAGGAGGCCAUUGCUCUUUUGGAGAAUUCCAGACUCGCAUCAAGACAUUCUACUCAAGGGUUCCCAGAACGUAUCAUUAGCGCAUUUAAUUGGACAGUUGCAGCGGAGCGGCAUAGUCAUGGAUCCGCGCUGGAAGCCUACUCGACAUUUUUUGAGCUUCUGGAUACUCAUUUGGCAACACGGUUUUCGGCAACUUCACGACGCGAAGCUGCCGCUGCCUUCCAUUACGCUAGAACACUCCCAGCAGAUGCAGCAUCAUGUGCCAUCCGCUGUGACAAUCUACCACAUGCAGUUGAACUUGUGGAGCAGGGCCGUGGCCAGCAAUGGUCGCUGGCCUCCCGACUCAGGACUCCAGUUGAAGCCCUUGAGUCAGCGAAUCCGGCACUGGCGCACAAUUAUUUGGAGCUGAGCAAACUCGUUUCCAGUGCGGCCCAGAGUUCUGCAACAAUCACUCACAACGCUGCUGUCGAUCGGGCAGCAAUAGAGUACAGGAGACUUACAAGGCAAUGGGAAGCUGCGGUAGCUGAGAUACGUGAUCUUCGGGGGUUCUCGCGGUUCCUGCUCCCACCUUUGUAUGCAGACCUGCAAGCGGCAGCGCGCCAGGGCCCGGUCAUCAUCCUCAUUGCGAGUGAAUACUUGUGCAGCGCCAUCAUCGUUCCGACGUCAGGACACCCCCAUCAUGUUUCCUUGCCAUCUGUCACUCUCGCAGAUCUGAGCAAUCUCAAGGACCGCGUCACCAUGGCAAUACGACACGCAUCUACCCUGGGCCCAAAAGUGCCGCGAAACGAUCUAAUAGUCCUGUUGCGGACAGUAUGGGACGAGAUCAUGCUACCCAUCGUCAAUGUCCUCCGGCAUGAUCUAAAACUAAAAUACUGUCGAAUCUGGCUGUGUCCAACUGCAGCCUUCACAUCUAUUCCUCUCCACGCAGCUCACCCGUUUCGAACGAACCCAGAUGGCUCUAGGGAGCCAUGCCUGGAGGAUCUCUACAUCUGCUCUUACACCCCGACACUUUCGGCUCUGGUCAGAUCCAGACAGAUGAUGAAGACGCGCGUCACUCCAUCCUUUGUGACAAUCGGACAGGGUCAACCGGGUGCAGGAAAAGGCAAGGCGCUCUUGGCUGUCGAAAGCGAGCUCGAGCUUGUACAUAAGCUCGUCCCUGCGACAGCCAAACGCACUACUAUUUCUGGCGACGCAGCCACACGAGCAGGUGCGCUCGAAGCUUUGCAGCAGAACACCUGGGUGCACCUUGCUUGUCAUGGGAAGCAGGACCCAAAGCAACCUUACAAUUCGCAUUUCGUCAUGAGAGACGAAGAUCUCACGCUGCUCAAUAUCAUGGAGAGAGAUAUUCCGCACGCCGAGUUCGCAUUCUUAUCGGCUUGUCAUACUGCCGUCGGGGAUGAGGAGACACCCGACGAAGUGAUUCACCUCGCAGCUGGUCUUCAGUUUUCGGGGUUCAAGAGCGUCAUUGGGACGCUGUGGCAGGUCGACGAUGCUGUUGCAAAACACGUUGUCAAAGCCUUCUAUGAGAAUAUGUUCUCAGAUUUAAAGGACGGAGGUGUUUUGGAUUGUACGAAGGCGGCCUGGGCACUGAACCGUGCCACGCACGCUGUGAAAACGCAAGUCCCGCUGGAGCAGAGGAUGGUUUUCGUUCAUAUUGGUGUGUAG